CUGAGCAAGGGAGUCCCAAUAAUCUAAAGCAAUCUGUAAGGACCUGACCUUAGUCCAUCCAGAUCAAUAGGGAAGUGAGGGUGGAAAGAAGAAGAAGAAGAAGAAGAAGAAGAGGAAGAAAUAAGGGGCGCAACCGGAUCGUUUACACUGGCUGUUCCCGAGGAAAUAUAGACUUCCCUUGCUUGCACCUUUUGUUGCUCACAUGCUCACACUGUAAAAGUGGAUAUCGAGGCAAUUCCCUUGCUUUGUGUGAUUGCAGCAGACUUUUCCCCCUUUUCCUACCACCAUGUCUUUCCCUCAGCUGGGAUAUCAGUACAUCCGACCGAUAUACCCGCCGGAGCGCCAGGGGAUCGCCAGCAAUGCCCGGGCCGGGACAGAGCUCAGUCCGUCCGGCGCACUCUCCAACGUCCUCUCCACUAUGUAUGGAUCUCCUUUCGCCGCGGCAGCGCAGGGCUAUGGAGCGUUUCUGCCCUACUCAAACGAUAUAUCAAUUUUCAAUCAAUUGGGUGCUCAGUAUGAACUGAAAGACAGUCCCGGUGUCCAGCACCCAGGGUUUGCCCACCAUCACCCAGCUUUUUACCCAUAUGGCCAAUAUCAGUUCGGUGACCCGUCCAGACCCAAAAACGCCACCAGGGAGAGCACCAGCACCCUGAAGGCCUGGCUCAGCGAGCACCGCAAGAACCCCUACCCAACCAAGGGAGAGAAGAUCAUGCUGGCCAUCAUCACCAAAAUGACCCUCACCCAGGUGUCCACCUGGUUCGCCAACGCCAGGAGGAGGCUAAAGAAGGAGAACAAGAUGACCUGGGCCCCCCGGAACCGCACCGACGAAGAGGGAAAUGUGUACGGCAGCGAUCACGAGGGAGAGGAGGGGGACAAGAGGGAGGACGAGGAGGAGAUCGACUUGGAGAACAUCGACACGGAAAAUAUUGAGAACAAGGACGACUUGGACGACCAGGACGACCUGCACUCAGAUCUGAAACUCGACGGGAGGAGUGACUCUGAGAUUUCUGACGGCUAUGAGGAUUUACAAGGGCCCGACCAGAGGUUUCUAAAGGCUGUGGGGAAAGAGGGCAAAGACGUGGAGAGAGGAGGAGAGCACUUCCACAGCCACCACCACCACCACCAUCACUCUUCUUUGGACACCAAAGCGUCCCAAGCAAACGGUGAACAGCUCAAACUGAACCCGGUGUCCGUUAGCUCACCCCCCUCAGAAAACAGCCCUGCCCCAGCCCAAAAGCCAAAGAUCUGGUCUUUGGCAGAGACAGCCACGGCCCCUGACAAUCCGCGCAAAUCGCCACAAAUGAACGGCAGCAACUCCGCAGGGCCGGCCGCCCAGACCCUUAUCGCCCCUCAUAGACUCAUCUCUUCUUGUCCCGUUGGGAAAAUCCAGAACUGGACGAACCGAGCCUUCUCGGCGCAUCAGCUGGCUUUACUGAACUCAAAUCAUUAUCUGGGACUGGCAAACCAGGCCACUGCCACCGGCCUGGCCCUCUACAGCAGCAGGCAAACGGAGGACAGGAGUCAUAGUUCAGAGACUUCAGUCACAGGCCUCAGAACCAACUAGAAGCAGAAGGUUUUUUCGGCUCUCUCUCUUCUCCAUAACCUCUCACCCAUCCUCUUUAUUAUUAUUUUUAAUUUGAAUAUGGAAUGUAAAAUAAGAAUAAUACAUCUCUGUAUACUUACAUUGUAAGCAUGUCCUGUGUAAAACUGCUAAUGUAAUAAUGUAUGAACCUGUAGUCUGUGAGUUUUUGUUUUCUUUUUGUAAGUUCUGUGAGGAUUUGAUGUUCAAAUGUUUUGUAUAUAAAGUUAAGAAUAUGUACAUACUUGUGACCCAAAUUGUACAAGAAAGUCUAUAUUUUGGCUAAUAAAUGAACUGCUGCAACUUUAAAAAAAACAAAAAAUGGUUGGUUUUUGGC